GUACUUAAGAUAUAUAACGCAUUUUCGCAAUUUCAUCUGAAGGUUUCCCUUGGCCAUUAGUAGAGCUUGCAAUUUGGAUGUCUGAUGAAAACAUGAAAGCUUACGUGGUGCCUUGUUGGAUUUUGACAGUUAAAGUUUGAUAUCGCUAUUUCUAAGGGAAUGCUGUUCUAGAAACAUUGUUAUCCAUGUAUGGUCAAUAUUGAGACUGAUAAGAAAAAGAAUAUGACCAACUAGCGGCAAUCAUUAAUUUUACACAUCGAAUGUUUGAGUACGUCGUCGCCUCUCCAAAAUUAAACAUAUUUUAUAUUUUGAAACUGAACGGAACACAUUGUUAAAUAGCGGCCUUCGUGGAUACUAUAAUUUGCGAGCUGUUACUACUUGUCUCAAGAAAGUAUCACCAGAAUCUCCCUAUAACAAAUGUAAGUUCCCCCUUUGUCACUUAUUUUGAAUGUUGAAAUUUUGACGUACCUGGUAGGCGGUAAUCUUGAAAAGCUUGUUAUCGCUAUUUCUCAAGGAAUGUCUAUUUUGCCUUCCUCUAAUUUCAGACGAGGUCUGCUCUUUGACCCCUAAUUGUGCAUGUUCAAUAUGGAGACUGUUUAAAAACCAAAUUGUCGACAGGAGCUUGCUAUCACAGUUUCUGUAUUUGUUCUAAUUAUAUUUGUAGGUUCUUCGUCACUAACGCUUGUGUGAUGCAACAAGUUGAUAUAGUUAAGAUAGAAGGGGGGGGACAAAUGUACAUAGAAUAUUAAACUAACAUAGAACCAGUCCACACGGUAGUGGGCUCCUCUGGGAUCUUAUAUUCGAGAAUAGAUUUUAAUAUCAUCAAUUGUAAUGAAAAUAUACCAUAAUGUAAUCAUGUUAGUAUAAAACGUGUCCUAUCAUAGCAUGUGAUUCGGAAAGGUACAUUUUAUAACCAGGUGAGAUAGUUUCCCGUUAAUCACCGGAAUAUUGGAAAUCCUUGCCGACUUAACAAACAUGUGUUUAUCUGUAUUUUAGACUAGUGCCUUUGUCAUGUAUCAUCAUAUAAAUGUAUACAUUGUACACGCGAAGACCAGUUUAGUGUAUAGCGUAUUUACAUAUGCAAAUAUCGUCAAAUUCCAAAUUUAUAUCAAAGUACAAGUGAUGAUUUGCAAAUCUUGCCUAUUUUCUUCAGCCUUACUUAGUGAAAUCGUAAAUUAUACAUCCACGUGGAUUUUUUUAUGCUUUAUUGAAUAAAAUAUCAACCACACGUACCAAAUCUCAACUAAUAGUUAGAAUAUACAAAUCGUAAUGCGUUAUACAGUUAAUAAAUUAGAAUGUCUUAAUUAAGGCGAAUAUCUUAUGUAAGUUUAAAACAGGUUUAAAGUAUCAAAACUUGAAAAAUAAAUAUUUGUAUCACGGAGUUGUGAGUUGUUUGCCAUAAUUAUACUUUAACAAAUGUCGCUUUCUCAAAUACACGUGAUCGACUUAAGUUGUUUGUCACCGAGUUCAGUUUCUACCGACGACUUACACUUAAUGAGUUUUGUAGACAAGGAAGGUCGUUUGAUAAAUAUGAAGUUGUCAGUGCUGACAACCAAAUACAUCUGUUUAAAGACAACACGUAUUCAAUCCAAUAUCCAGAGCACACAUGUUACCGAACAGUGAAAGGGAAGACGACGUACACAAAUCAAACCGAAGUUUAAACAAUGGGAUAGAGCGGAGUAUAUAAGCUGAGACAGAUUAUGAGAAUUGUCAAGAAAUCUCACUGUAAGUAUGAAACACGUAGUAUUAGGGUAGCUGUGAUAUUGUACAUUUCUACCAACUAUCAUUCUAGUUUCCAGGUAUAUUCUAUCUUAUCUAGAGGAAUAUUGAUAUCGAUACUAUCAUCAAGCUGAUAUCGUGAAAAAAAUAUGAAGAUUUUUUAUCAUAUUUUGCUGAUAUCUCGAGGUAUAUCUAUGCCAUUUUUAUUGUGUUGAUAUCUCGAGAAGUAUCGAUACAUUUAGGUUUAUUUUGCUGGUAUUGCGAAGAUUGCGGGUGCUAUUUUAUUAUUCCUAGGAAAUAUGGUACAUAUAUGAUUUUCAAUAAGAAAUAAUUAAAUUUCCCCUCCGUAAGAUUUACAUUCGCUAGUUGGACAUAGUGUUAUAUGUUGCUAUUAUUGACCGUUUUUGUUUCAGCUCAACCUUGGCAGUCAUGGAGUGGUACACACUUUUACCCUUCGUCACCAUUCUUCUUGUCUGUAUGACAGAAGGGCGAAGUCCGCCUAUGUGUGAACACGACGGAAUGUAUUACACUGAUGGGGAGACUGUUACCUACGGAUGUACCACGGCCAUGUGUUAUCGAGGAAGGAAGUGGAGAAUAACAAAAGCUAAGUGUCUGUUCCGAGAUAGGUGCCUGAGGGACGGACAGACAGUGAAUGCCGGAGAGUGCCAAACUGUUCAGUGCAGAAUAAACAAAAGGAUGACGAAAACCAAACUUGUGUAUAAAACAGAUUGCCCAUGGAAAGGCGACUGCAUUAAGAACAGGGAAACCUGGAUGGAAGGCUGCUUCAAAUACCGAUGUCGGGCGAAAAAAGAUACAGCGAAGGUCGAGAUUGUAAAGAAAGGGUGUGAAUGGGAGCCAGAAGAAAAGUGCUAUAAACUUAAUACCAUAAAGACUGAUUCGUGCAUGCAGUACCAAUGCCAAGAGGAUUCCAACGGGGCUGUAGGUUUCGUGUUAGUACGCCCAGCGUGUGUUAAGAUCGGCUCACGUGGCUGUGCUAAGCCCAAGGAAGAGUGGUGGGAUUUCCGCACGUGCAGUCAUUACAAGUGUGUUAUAUUAACUGACGACAAUGGGAACGUAGUGGGUGCUCAACCUCAGGUUGAACAAGGGUGCGAAUACGAGGGAAAGUGCUACGGAAAUGGCGAACAUUUUGACGUCGACGACGGAUCAUGUUAUUGCAGCAACGGAGAACUGAUGUGUGUCGGUAAGCCAGUCACUGCUGUCACAGGACGAAGCACAAGACCACCAAUUACAGUUUGGUAGCCGCGAUUAGUAGACAUAUCGCUAAUUACUAACAGUUAAUCAUAGGUAUAUGUCUGUCGACCCAACAAGGGGACCACUUCAACAAUUUUAAAUAAACCAGUAUCAAAA